AGUUGUGAGUUAUUUUUUCUUCCGGAUGGAUUGCAUUCAGUCGUCUCACUUUGAUUGGGCCGGCAGGAAGGAAGGGAUACAACAAUUCAGAUAGCAGCAGAAGCAGUGGUCAACUUGGAAAUUUUGAAAUGAAGCUCAUUGCGUUGAUAGCAUUGGGCUUGACACUGGUGGGGACCACUCCCGGCGUUACAGUUGGACAAAGAGAACCUCUGACAAAACAGUGGCAAACGGUACAAAAUACAUUUGCAAAUGCACUCCAAGGUUUGUUGAAGGUGUUACCGGGAGCGCCUGGGUCUGAGGUGCCGUCCAGCGGGUAUACUGUUGGGAAUGGUGGUGGUGGUGGUGGGUCAAGACCUUCGGCUAAUUAUGGGGCGCCUUCGUCCGGUGGAUAUAGCGGUGGGGGUGGCAGCUCAGCUCCGUCAGGCGGAUAUGGGGCACCUUCUUCUGGGGGAGGUGGCGCUGGUGGCUAUAGAAAACCUAGCGCAUUAGUCAGCAUUCAAAAAGCGAUUAAUUCGCAUAAUUUGUAUCUUCCUGGGGAAUCGUCUUCAGGGGGAGGCUACUCAUCUGGAUCUUCUGGUGGGGGUGGGGGCUACUCGUCUGGAUCUUCUGGGGGAGGCUACUCAUCUGGAUCAUCUUCGGGGUCAUCGUCGGGAGGCUACUCGUCUGGGUCAUCCACUGGAGGUUAUUCUUCUGGAUCUUCUGCUGGGGGUGGCGGCUACUCCUCUGGGUCAUCUUCGGGAGGCUACUCAUCUGGUUCAACUGGGGGUUAUUCUGGCGGAGCUCGUGGGUCUCAAAGUGAAUCACCAGAGGUUGGUCUUCUUCCACAAAUUGUCGACAUUUUAGAAGGGUCACAAGGAGCAGGAGCCGGAGCAUAUUCGCACAAUCUGGGAAAACGACCCGACUUUACGCCAAAUGUUGACGUUAUCCCUGCCGUAGAUUUAAAUUUUGGCAACGGUGGUGGGUAUUCAGCACCGGCGGUCAGUGGAGGUGGAAGUGGUGGAUAUUCAUCAGGACCAGCGGGUGGAAGUGGAGGAUAUGCAGCACCAGCAGUCGCAAGUGGAGGGUACUCAAGUCCACCUAAACCUCAAGAAGACCCUCUCGGAUCUUAUGGCCCACCAUCCUCCGCAUAUUCAGGGUCAUCUUCCUCUUCCUCCUCUGGAUUUGGAGACUCUGUUGCUUACACAAAUCCCCCUUCUGGCGGUUACUCUAGUUCUUUCGCCUCUGGCGAACCUCAGUACGGAAUACCCCCAGUGGGCAGUCAAGUCCCUCAGGGCGGAUAUGGCGUCCCUUCCCCGCAAAAUCCCCCACAAUACGGCCCUCCCUCCCAAGGCGACGGAGGCGACGCAUUAGGCAGCGGUGGCUACGAUUCCGGUCCAUCCAAUGGCUUCGGUGGUGGUGGUCAAAUUCCACAGCCACCUCAACCCCCACGACAAAUCUUUGUCGACACCGUGGAAGGCCUUCCAGGUCCCCCACUCGGUGGAAACACUCAAGUCCAACCCCAACAAGAACCCGAGCAUCACAACAUCAUCUUCGUCAAGGCCCCCAUCCCUCCACAAAUCCAAACCGAGGUCAUCCUUCCCCCUCAGCCUCAAUCAGAAACCAAGGUUUACGUCCUGACCAAACAGGUCGACGCUGACGAUAACGACAUUCGCAUCAUUUCCCCACCACCAACGAAACCCCCAAAACCGGAAGUUUUCUUCAUCCGUUACGCCGCAAAUGCUCCUAAAGAGCCGACAUUUAACCAGUUCAAUCGAGCCAUGGAAGAUAUCCCCCCACUUCCACAAAACUUUGAUGUCUACGCUCCACAAAUGAGUGGUGGCUAUAACGUCAAAAAGAGAGAGGUUUCAGCCCCAGUCACGAAACCAAAGACGAUUUACACCCUUCGAAUCCUCCCUUCCAUACAACCAGAAGAGGAACAGGACGUUUAAUAAUUAGCAGAAAAUAAUUUACCAAUCAGGGUUUCACAGUAUACAUUAGCUAGUUAUUUUUGUUACUUAAUUAGUAAGCGUGCAAUAAUGAUACUUGUUUUAUAAUAGCUUUCAUGAUUUACAAUAUUUUUAUCGAAUACGCUUGUACAUUUUUACACUUUUUUUAUAAUAAAAGCUGUUUUUAAAUAUGUA